GGCGUGUGACGUACGUGGUGUGCGCGGUCCGAGCUGUGCCGGGAGCUGGGUGCACGAGCUGCAGCCAUGUCCUACUGCAGGCAGGAAGGAAAGGACAAGAUAAUAUUUGUAACCAAAGAAGAUCAUGAGACUCCUAGCAGUGCAGAGUUGAUCGCAGAUGAUCCUAAUGACCCUUAUGAAGACCAAGGGCUGAUCUUGCCAAAUGGAGAUAUCAAUUGGAACUGCCCCUGCCUGGGUGGCAUGGCUAGUGGGCCAUGUGGAGAGCAGUUCAAAUCUGCCUUCUCUUGCUUCCACUACAGCCAAGAGGAAAUAAAAGGCUCAGACUGCCUGGAACAAUUUCGGGCAAUGCAAGAGUGCAUGCAGAAAUACCCAGAGCUCUACCCCCAGGAGGACGAUGAGGAUGAUGCAACGAAACAAAGUAACACGGAGGAAUCUGCUCCUACGGCUGCUACUGAUGUCCAAGAGGAGGGAUCUAGCUACAUCCAGUCAUAUGCAGUAUUAGACUGCCUGCACGAUAGGGCAUGCAGCAACAGCACUAAGGGAAUAGGGGAGACAGAUUGA